GUGUGCUUUUGGCAUUCUAAUCGCGAGCAGUCGGUGGCCAAGCCGAGCGGUUAUCGCUAAAAAUGACGAGAGGUCGAUAAUUACGCGUGCCGCGAGCCAAGUGCGUCAACCAUCACAGACCGAGUCGAGGACACCGAGGUGUGACCGAGGAUUUGUGACCCAAAACACAGUGGUGUACCCGUGUUCCGCGGGUGUUGGUGCAAAUGCCUAUUUUUAGGUGCAGCCUGAGUACCUAGUCGUAACAAUUGGUGGCAAAGGUGUGCGGUCCUUGCAUUGGCAACAAUCGAUGCCCUCAGCCGCGUAGAGUGUUGAUCCUGGAAGGAUUAGUGAUUGAAACUAGAACCGGGCAGGAAACCGAAAGCAGCCAAAAUGGCAGUUCUGGAUGAGCGUGGUAUUCUGUACGUGUUAGCCGAUCUGCUGUCCAUCGUCACGAUCGCGUCAUGCCUCAUCUCGAAGGUGCCACAAAUACAGACGGUCCGGCAGCUACAGUCCGCGACCGGAUUGAGCGUUAAUGGGCUGCUGAUGGAGCUCUGCAGUUACACCGUGACGAUGCUCUACAACUACACCAAUGGCUACGCUUUCCUGUCGUACCUGGAAUAUCCGAUUCUGUUGGUUCAGGAGUACGUGUUGAUAUACUUCGUGCUGAAGUACCAAUCGCUGCUCGGCCAACGAGCGUCGAUGUGGUGCGGGAUUUACUGCGCAGUGUUCCUUGGCUUCGCCACCGGUCUGAUUCCUUCGUCCGUGUUAAUGAUGCUUGUGCCCUUCACCACACCGGUCGGUGCCACUAGCAAGGUCAUGCAGCUGAUCGCCAUCCUUCGCUCCAAGGACUCUCAAUCCGUUAGCCUGAUCACGUGGGGCAUUUCCGCGUUCACCAACUCGACACGCAUUUACACGAUCAUGCUGGACUCGGGCGACAAGAUGCUCCUCUCCAACUUUGGCAUCUCGACCUUCCUUAGUUCGGCUGUGUUUCUGGCCGCGUGGUACUACAAGAAACCAAAGAAGGACUAAAUCACGCCUGGUAAAGCACGCUUAAUACUUAAACGACACACGCUGAAACCGAUACAAUCUGACUCUCCUGAUAGUAGCUUAUCAAUUGAACGCUUUCGCGCACUCUAAACCAAUUUUAACUACCAAACAUCACAA